AUGAAACUUAAAUAUCUCGUUCAGGCACACUCUUCGAUUGAGAAGGCUUGCAUGAUUGGAAUGGUGAAGCUCAGAAUCCUCGAAACGGAUUCAAAGUUUCGCCUUCGUGGCGAAACAUUGCGCCAAGCGAUCCAAGAAGAUCGUAAUCUUGGUUUGAUACCGUUCUUUGUAUCGACAACACUUGGCACAACUUCCUGUUGCUCGUUUGACGUACUUUCUGAAAUCGGCCCGGUUUGUCAUGAAAACGAUUUGUGGCUCCACGUGGAUGCAGCAUAUGCUGGAAGUGCGAUGAUUUGUCCCGAAUUUCGUCCACUUAUGGAAGGAAUAGAGUAUGCGAUGAGUUUCAACACCAAUCCAAACAAAUUCAUGCUUAUCAGCUUCGAUUGCUCCACGAUGUGGGUAAAAGACAGAUACAAGCUGACACAAGCACUUGUUGUGGAUCCGCUUUACUUGCAGCACAGCUGGACUGAUAAAGCGAUUGACUAUCGGCACUGGGGUAUUCCAUUGAGUCGACGUUUCCGAUCGCUCAAGCUUUGGUUUGUCAUUCGACUCUAUGGUGUCGAGGGUUUGCAAAACUAUGUCCGCAGGGUAUGCUUUAUCAAAAAUCGUUUAGAGGCAGUCAUGUACUGCUGACU